CUGUGGCGGCCCUUUUUCUUCGUUGCUCUCUCCUCCUCCUCCUCCUCCUCUUUCUCAUUCCAAGCAGUUACGACAUUUGUUCUUACAUCUUCAAUCCGACAAGAUCUAGAGUGUGUGAGAGAGAGAGAGAGUGUACCCUUCGCCAUUGGUUUGAUUAAGGUUUUGCCAUGGGGAAGAACUGCAACUUGGAUCUUCACCUCCUCUCUUCCAUUUCUUCUUCUUCUUCUUCCUCCUCCUCCUCUUACGACGAGAGCUCAUCAACGACUCAGCAGUCGCAUCUAAAUCAGCAACAGCUCGCCAUUCUUUACAAGGGGCGAGUCCGUCCCUUCGACUUGACCGAGUUUCAGGCAAGAGCCAUAAUUUGGCUUGCAAGUAGAGAAGUGGAAUCUUCAUCGCCUCCGCCAUUGAAGAAGACCCCCCUGUGGAGCCCCUCAGCUUCAGGCCUUUCGAUGAAGAGGUCGCUGCAGAGAUUCCUCCAGGAAAGAAGGAAGAGGGCUCGAGCUAUGUCUCCUUACAUUAGCCAUUAACCACCCUUUGUUUAAUUCAUGAUGUUUGUACUAUUGUCCCCUUGAAAAAAAAGGACGACCAAAGCACUGUUCAUUGGUUCUUGUGGGGGAAAUUUACCACAAAAUAUUCGAGAUUAAACUAA